GACCUUUUCCGCUCUCUCUCUCUUGAACUCAUACAUGCAUUUAAACAGGAUGAGGCAGAAACACUCAAGAACAGAUAGGAAGAGGUAGCAUUUUACAUCCUGCACUUGAGAAUGGACUUUGACUACCAAAAGAUUAAAGAUGCUGAAUCUCAGCAGAGAGAAGAGCGAUUGAGUGCGUUUCCUUUCCAUUGCCCAAGACCAAAGCCCCGUCCAUCUGUAGCUCCAGAGAACCAUCUCACAACCAAGAAACCUCCCGUAAAACCCCGGCGGAGCAUAAAGGGCCGUUCCACAGCACAACAGGGCCAGCAGAAGGAAAAUGAGACGACAGUGAAGCGGAUAGAUCCUGCUCUGGUUUUGGGUCCCAUGAGGCCCCUGGAGGCUCUGGCUCCAUCUCUGCGCGCUCACACUCUGCUGUGGUUUGAAAGAAAGCAGCUGCCGCGACUGCACAGGCCCGGACAGCCUCUUCCCCGCUGGCUCCAUGGUUUCGCUACACGCAGGGAAGCGGAACAGCUGUUGCAGGAUAAGCCACAAGGCUGUUUCCUGUUGAGGCUGAGCGAGUCAAAGAUUGGCUUUGCGCUGUCUUAUAGAGGAGAAGACCGGUGUCGUCAUUUCAUAAUUGAAGAGGAGGAGUAUGGAUCAUCUGGUAGUGUAUAUCUAAUUGCUGGAGAACACAGCCGUCAUAGAAGCCUGGACGACCUAAUCAGCUACUACACCCAUAAUCCUGUGGGGCCUUUUAAUGAGAUGUUGACUGUACCUUGUAUGCAGGCUGAAGGGGGUUUUGCGGAAAUUAAUGGGUGGAGGGUGAAAGAUGAGGAAGAAGAGAGAAAUGGAAAAGCAAUAGAUCGAGAGGAGCAGACAAAACUGCCCAUGGCCGUCAGUCCAGCUGUUCUGAAUUCAUUACCCACAAACCCUUCCAAUAAGACCGCUUCUGCUACAGAAGAGCCUGUAAAGUAUGCAGUUGUGAGAAAGCCACUAAAAAAGACCCACUCGCUGCCAGAAUGCAAGUGUGGAACUGAAACAGCGCCUCCUGGGCUAGAAGUUGCUGAAAAACCCUCAGAUCUUAAUCUAACAGGGGAUCAACUUCUGGAUGUCCAGUAUGCUCGAGUUAACAAACCCCCCAGAGCAGUAUCAGAAAAUACCCCCAACUUCAGUGCCCAACCUGACCUCCAGGGAGCAACAGCAGCCUUUACCCCUCCAUCCAUCCCAAACUUUGACACAACAGACCCGAAAUACUGGAAACUGGAGCCCAUGCACACUUAUGAAGAAACCCCCCACACACGCAGUCGUCCAGAAGAGAUUGACUGCUAUGCCGUGGGGUGGAGGAGGCAGGCGGCAGGGGAUGAAGGUGAGAAAUCAGGAAAACAAGCAUCAGAACUGGCUCAGGACUUACUAGUGAACCUCCCAAAGAAUCAUCUGUAUUCAGAGGUGAACAUCAGGGGUGCCCAAGAUGGCUUUGCUGUACCAAGACCCGGGCCUAGCCUUCAUCUAAGACCACCCCCAAGAUCUGCUCAUGGUCCUAUGCGACCAGAGCUCAGCGGGCAGAGUUUUGGCGUGUCCCCACUGAUGGCUCAACCUCAACACUCUGGUUUUCAUCAUUCAGAGCAACUAAAUAUGAAUGCUUCCUCCAGCUCCAUUUAUGAGCAGAUUCCAGAAAGACCAACCAGGUCUAGAGCACGUCUGCCCCCACCAAAUCACAAACGCUGACCUCAGGAAUAGACCUUUGACUUCACCAAAAGAGUGUUUCAUUUGUAAAAACUGUUUAAUGAGAUUAAAAAAAAAAAAAAAAACGCAUAGUGAUAUUAGGAGGGCAUAUAUGUGUACAAAAACAUAACACUGCUUAUAAGCUGUAUAUAGAUUAAUAAGGCUUGUUAAUAGUGAUCUCCCCAUGACUACUGUAGGCAUGUUUUCUGUUUUUCAUUUAUUUAAACUGUAUCUGAAUAUAGUUUUUUUUAAUCAGUCACUCAUUCAAAGUUAUAAUUGCACAGUAAAUGAUUUCAUAAUUAAUCAUUUUUAAUCAAAUAUAUUAUUAGGAUUACCAACCACAGAUUUUGUUUCAGUGAAUUGCAGCCCUCCCUUUUCAUUUUUCAUUACCAAAAGAUUGAAUUUAGCUUCAAGUGAGGUUUGAUAGACCAUAAUAUAACUAGCUUUAAUUAUUUAUCUGAUGAUAUUACCAUAAAAGACUAAGAAUGCAUUAACCACUGCAUGAGAAGAACAUCACAGAACAAGAAAGCAGACACACAGAUGAAAGCAUAUUUCAGUGAGUGACCAGACACACAAUGAGAGCAUCUCUGUAAAACCCUCUUUUAUUUCCACAAACAAGCCACACAUUGAUCAUGAAGAACUGUGCAGUUCUGUUUAGCAUUUGAGAAUCAUUACAACAACAAAAAAAGAUGGUGCACCUGAAGCCACCACGGAAUGGCCACUUUAAAUAUCAAAAGCAGUCGGUGAACCUCCUAUUUGAUGCUUAUCCCUCAAAGAAAUUUUCUGAUGAAGACCGACAUCACUUAAAAACAGAUUAAAUCAUUGACCAUUUACCCCAAUAUGGGUAAUUAAUUUAUUCAAAAACAACAUUCUCAACUCCACCAUAAUUCACUUAACC